CCUCGACUCAACCAACCUCAAGCCCGAAGCCGAAGCACAGCUCUUCAACCCACGAACAAGCCCAACCACACCAACAAAACCCGCAUCUUACCCACCCCCAACACCACCACGAAAAGACCGUAAAAUGACCACGCCCCCCUCCAACGGAGUCCCCGGGACGCCCACCCCGAAAAAACAACACAUCGCCCAAACCCUCCUCUCGCGCGCGCAUUCCCCCGACACAGCAACCACCCUCUUCACCGAACGCAUCAAACAAAAACCGUUAUACGUCCGCCCGACCUCCCCGGACCCCGCCGACAACCGCCAACGCCGCCGCCUCCACCGCCUCCGCAAGAAAGAGUACUUCCUCCGCCGCCAGAAACCGCAACCGCUGAGCGCGCGCGCCAAACGCGCCUGCCCUGCGCUUUACGCUCUUCCGAAGGAGGACUGCAAGUAUGAGGUCUUUGAGGAGUUGAAUCGGCUGUGGGUGGAGUAUAUGCUUGGGGUUUUGGAUUUACGGGCGGGGAGUAAGACGGGGUUCGUGGUGACGCCGAGUUCGCAUGGGAGUCGGCUUGUUAGUGCUGAUUUUCAUGGGGCUGAGGUUCAAGUUGUGAGAAGUCGGUGUGCGUCCCGCGUUGGGGUGCGUGGGAUUGUGGUUCGGGAUUCGAUGUUCCUGUUCACUAUUAUUCAGGAGAGUGGGGGGGUUGUGCGUAUUCCGAAGGAGCAUACUGUUUUUCGGUUCUCGUUGCCUUUACCCUCUAGUUCUGGUUCUGCGGGGCCGCAGGGGAAGGGUCAGGGGGAUGGGGAUGGGGAUGGGGAAGAGGGGAAGAAGCUUGUGUUUGAGCUGCAUGGGAGCCAGUUCAUGAAUCGGCCUGUUGAUCGCGCGAAUAAGAAGUUCAAGUGGAGGAAUGUGGAUUAUGUUUAGUUGUGUCUUUGGUUAUAGUGGUGUGCCAGGAAGUUGAAAGAAAGGGGGGUCCGGGGGUUCCCCCCCGGGAAUGGUUAUAUACCUGGCCUAAGAAUUGAGGUGGCCAGGAAGCUGAAAGAAAGGGGGGUCCGGGGGUUCUCCCCCGGAACGUUAUAUCUCUCUGGUGUAUGGCUAGCUG